AUUGAUGCCAAAAUUUGAAGAGGGGGACAUAUUUGGGACUAGGAAACAUCACUCUGAGGGCCCAACGCGAAACAUCCUCUGCCCUGAAAGAUCUUCCGCUCGCUCCUCCGCGCACAUCUCCCAAAACCUGAAGUAAAUGGAUCAAUCACUGCUUACGCCAUAUUGCUGGAGAUGCUAGAUGAGGGUGCUGUUUGCUAACCAUUUAAUAAGCACUUAUGAAAUUGCUGUUGUUUUGAGUUUGAGAGCAAUCUUAUGCCUUGGCGGACCCCAAAUAGUUGAGACAAUCCCUUGUGCUUGCAGUGUUGCUUGAAGCAUGCCAAGUAGUUAGAAUUUUGGAUGGUUGAUGGUCUUUACCGACUUCACUUUGGAUACACAAUUGACAAGCUUAAUACAGAGCUCUAAAGCAUUGUUGAAAGAAAGCUAACUUUCUCCAUGGAACUUCAGGACUUGUUCCCCAGUAGUGUUUAAUCGACUGUCUGAAGAAUAAGUACUCUGGUUUUGAGCUUCUCCUCCACCUGCUCAUCAUCUAUCUUUGCAUUAUUUCUCAAAUAUCAACCUAGCUGGAUUUUCAAGUCAUCAGUUGUUUUGGGAGAAAACUUUCAGUCCGUACUACCAAUGGCCAGAAGCACAGUCCAUGAAGCAUUCUCUUCAUUUUCCUCCUCAAAAAAAUGGAUGUAUGAUGUGUUCUUAAGCUUUAGAGGUGAAGACACUCGGAACAAUUUCACAGGCCACCUUUAUAUGGCAUUACAAGGUGCCGGAAUCAGCACUUUUAUUGAUGAGCAGCUAAGAAGAGGGGAAGAUAUAACAGAUGAAUUGCUGCAGGCCAUCCAAGGGUCCAGUAUUUCUGUGAUUGUCUUUUCAAGAAACUAUGCCGAGUCCACUUGGUGUCUGGAGGAGCUGGUGAAGAUCAUGGAGUGUAGAAAAAUAGCGAGGCAAAUGGUUUUGCCAAUAUUCUAUCAUGUUGAUGCUUCAGAUGUCAGGAAACAGACUGGUAGUUUUGCACGAGCAUUCAAGAAACAUGAAGAGGACUUCAUGUUAUAUGAAGAUAAGGUUCAGAGUUGGAGAUGUGCUCUUAAUGAAGCUGCAAACUUGUCUGGCUGGGCUCUUCAAAACACUGAGGAUAGGCAUGAAGCAAAGUUCAUCAGGAAAAUUGUUGACGAGAUUACAAAACAGCUUCCGAGUGAAUACUUAAACAUAGCUGUCUACCCAGUUGGAAUAAAUUCUCGUGUGCAAGAUAUAAAUCAUCAUUUAUGUAUUGCAUCAAAUGAUGUUCGUAUGGUUGGAAUUUUGGGGAUGGGUGGAAUGGGUAAAACAACAGUUGCCAAAGUCAUAUAUAACAAGUUUUACCACGACUUUGAAGGUAAAAGUUUCCUUGCAAAUGUUAGGGAAACUACAAAGCAAACCAAUGGUGAUGUUCUUUUGCAAGAACAACUUCUUUCUGAUAUCUUGAGAACAACCAAGAUAAAGGUAGAUAGUGUUCAUAGAGGGAUCAAUGUGAUCAAGAAAAAACUUAGAGGUUUAAGGGUACUUGUCAUAAUUGAUGACAUUGAUCGAAUAAGCCAGCUGAAUGCGUUGGCUAUAAACCCUAUAAACAAUGCAUGGUUUGGUUCAGGAAGUAUAGUCUUAAUAACAACAAGAGAUGAACAGUUGCUAAAGCAACUGAGAGUGGAUGCAAUCUAUUUGACAGAAGCAAUGAAUGAAGAUGAAGCUCUUGAGCUCUUUAGUUGGCAUGCUUUUGGUAAUAGCUGUCCUGAUGAAGAAUAUUUAGAACUCUCAAGAAGUGUAGUCACUUAUUGUGGGGGUUUGCCACUAGCUCUUGAAGUAUUAGGAUGUUGUCUGUUUGGAAGAAGCAAUAUAGAGUGGGAAAGUGCACUGGAGAAAUUGGAGAGAAUUCUUGGUAAUGACCAAGUUUGGGAAAAGCUCCAAAUUAGCAUUGAUGGACUAAAUAAGGAUGGAAAGGAAAUAUUCCUUGACAUAGCUUGUUUCUUUGUUGGAAUGGAUAAGAACUAUGUCAUACAAAUAUUGGAUGGUUGUGGCUUUUCUGCAGAAAUAGAAAUCAAAGUCCUCCUUCAACGGUGUCUUGUAACUGUUGAUGACGGAAACAAGCUGAUGAUGCAUGAUUUGCUUCAAGAUAUGGGUAGAGAAAUGGUACGCGGAGAAUCUACUAACCACCCUGGAAAACGUAGUAGAGUUUGGCGUUAUGAAGAUGUAAUAGAUGUGUUGACAAACAAAUCUGGAACUGAAGAAGUUCUAGGACUCACAUUAAAUAUGUCAAAAUAUCACAAGGUAAGUUUCAGUGCUGAAGCAUUUAAGAAUAUGAGGAGUCUGAGAUUGCUUCAACUGAACUACGCACAACUUAGUGAUUGCUAUAAAUACUAUCCCAUGCACAAAUUAAGAUGGUUGUGCUGGCAUGGGUUUCCUCUCGACUGCAUACCAAAGGAGUUUAUGCAACCAAACCUAGUUGCUGUUGACCUGCAAUUUAGCAAACUCACACAAGCUUGGAAGGAUUGCGAGUUUCUUGAGAAGCUCAAGAUUCUUAAUCUCAGUCACUGUCAUCAUAUAUCACAAACACCAGACUUUUUAAAACUCCCAAACCUGGAACAGUUGAUACUUGAAGACUGUGAGUGUUUGUCCGAUGUUCAUGAGUCCAUUGGAGAUCUUAAAGCACUUUUUGUGCUAAAUUUGCGAGAUUGCAAAAUGCUUAAGUAUCUCCCAAGGAGUUUCUACAGGUUGAAAUCUAUUGAAACUCUUAUUCUCUCAGGUUGUUCAAAAUUUGAAAACCUGGCAGAGGACUUGAGGAAAAUGGUAUCACUGACAACUCUUCUAGCCGACUUCACAGCUAUGAGAACAAUACCAUCCAUAGAAGGACUGCAGAACCUGAAAUUAUUAGCUCUAUGUGGCGUCGAAUCUUUAUCUCUGCAAUCAUCUCCUUUGUUACAGGGAUUUUGUUAUUUAAGAGAAUUAUAUCUUAGAGACUGCAAAUUAACUGAUGAUGCUAUAUUUCCAAAGGAUCUUAGGAGUACUCCAUCUUCAUUAGAAGUUUUACAUCUGAGAGGAAAUAAUUUUCAUACCCUUCCGAGCUUAGGAGGCCUUUCCAUGCUUCAAAUGCUAUCAUUGGAAAACUGCAAUUUAACUGAUGAUGCAAUUCCAAAGGAUCUUGGGAGUCUAUUUUCUUUAAGAGAAUUAGCUCUAGGAGGAAAUAGAUUUUUGCGGCUUCCAUGCCUAAGGGACCUUUCUAAUCUUGAGAGUCUACUAUUGAAUGAUUGUAAAAACCUUCGUGCAAUCCCUAAUCUACCGACAAGUUUGAAGGUGCUGAUUGCUGAUGACUGCAGUGAAUUGGAAAGAAUCCCAAGCUUUUCCGAAAUGUCAAAUAUGAUGAAGCUGCAACUAAAUGAUUGUCCAAAACUCAAUGAUUUUCCAGGCUUGGAUAAAUCUUUAAACUGCAUGAUGUCACUGACAAUGCAAGGGAUCAACAGCAUCACUACCAGUCUUCUUACUGAGAGCUUCCUACAGGGAUGGACCGGAUUUGGUGCAAUUUAUCUCUCUGGAGGUGAAAUUCCUGACUGGUUCACAUAUGUCAAUAAGGGAGACCGAGUCCAUUUUGAAGUGCCUCAGAUUAUUGGUUGCAAUUUGAACGGGUUGACUCUUUGCAUUGUUUUUUCUUCACGUAUAAGCUACUUUGGAGCCCUGAGUCUUCAUCUUUGUGUUAAAAAUCGUACCAAGAAAAGUAAAUUUUUCGUCCAUACAAAAAGCAUAGCAGUAACUACAGAUACUGAAGAUUAUCUCUGCCUGGUGCAAUUGCCAAACGAGGAAUUCACUUUGGAAGCUGGUGACUCCGUCAAUAUUGAUGUAGACAUUCAAUAUUCUGGCCAGGUGAAGAAAAUAGGAGUUCGAGUAUGUGACAAAUAUAUUAAGUCGAUGGAUUCCAACUCGAACCAUCCAUCUUUCUCUGCAUGGAAUCUUGAGGAUGUUGAUGACAGCGAUAACGAUGAUGAUGAUGAUGAUGUUGAUAAUAAAGAUGAUUUUGGUCAUGAUCUUGUUGAUUUUGGUGAUCUUAUUGAUUGUGGUGAUCAUGAUGUGAGUUAUGUUCAUGCUUAUGGUCUAUCUUAUGAUCACUACGGUUAUCCUGAUCAUGAAUCUCACUAUCAUUAUGUAUAUUAUUACAAUUACAAUGGUGAUACUCCGAAGCUUGGGAGAAGAUCAGCUGAGUCUGUCCCAUUUCAUGUAGGAUGUAGCUAUCCUACAUGCUCAUUUCAUGACACAUUUCCUUUCAUUUAAGUUACCUCUGUUAAUUCCUUUAUUAAUCUUUA